AUGGAGAGCAAGGUAGGGAAUUCACUUUGUCUCUGGUUGAUCUUAGUGGCUCAUCCACUAUGGAUGACAAUGGUGCUUGCUAAUAUGGAAGGUGAUGCUUUGCAUAGUCUAAGGACCAACUUGGAGGACCCUAACAAUGUCCUGCAAAGUUGGGAUCCUACCCUUGUCAACCCUUGUACAUGGUUUCAUGUCACAUGCAACAAUGAAAAUAGUGUCAUAAGAGUUGAUCUCGGAAAUGCACUCUUGUCGGGUCAACUUGUUCCACAGCUCGGCCUUCUUAAGAAUUUACAAUAUUUGGAACUCUACAGUAAUAACAUAAGUGGACCAAUUCCUAGUGAACUGGGGAACCUAACCAGCUUGGUGAGCUUGGAUCUUUAUUUGAAUAGUUUUGCGGGUCAAAUCCCAGACACCUUGGGCAAGCUGUCAAAACUGCGAUUCCUCCGACUUAACAACAACAGCUUGGUGGGUCCGAUCCCUAUGUCAUUGACUAAUAUCUCCUCACUUCAAGUACUGGAUCUGUCAAAUAAUCAGCUCUCUGGAGAAGUUCCGGACAAUGGCUCCUUCUCUUUAUUCACUCCCAUAAGUUUUGCUAACAACUUGAAUCUAUGUGGCCCAGUAACUGGUCGCCCCUGCCCAGGAUCUCCUCCAUUUUCGCCUCCCCCACCUUUUGUCCCACCACCCCCAAUUUCAACACCAGGAGGGAAUAGUGCCACUGGGGCUAUCGCUGGUGGAGUUGCUGCUGGUGCUGCUUUACUAUUUGCUGCCCCUGCAAUUGCAUUUGCAUGGUGGCGACGGAGAAAGCCGCAAGAAUUUUUCUUUGAUGUACCUGCUGAGGAGGAUCCUGAAGUACAUCUUGGGCAGCUUAAGCGGUUUUCUUUGCGAGAAUUACAAGUUGCAACAGAUAGUUUUAGCAACAAAACAUUCUGGGGAGAGACUGAAAGAAGAGCGCACCCCUGGUGGGGAGUUGCAGUUUCAAACAGAAGUAGAGAUGAUCAGCAUGGCCGUGCAUCGAAAUCUUCUUCGGUUACGUGGAACGCCCCCCCAUCCCAACCACCUCUUGAUUGGCCAACUCGGAAGCGAAUUGCAUUGGGAUCUGCAAGGGGUCUUUCUUAUUUGCACGAUCAUUGUGACCCGAAGAUUAUCCACCGUGAUGUGAAAGCUGCAAACAUUUUGCUGGAUGAGGAGUUUGAGGCUGUGGUUGGAGACUUUGGGUUGGCUAAACUUAUGGACUACAAAGACACCCAUGUCACUACUGCCGUACGUGGCACAAUUGGACAUAUAGCUCCAGAGUACCUGUCUACUGGGAAGUCUUCUGAGAAAACUGAUGUUUUCGGUUACGGCAUCAUGCUUCUGGAGCUUAUUACUGGUCAGAGGGCUUUUGAUCUUGCUCGGCUUGCCAAUGAUGAUGAUGUGAUGUUGCUUGAUUGGGUUAAAGGACUACUCAAAGAGAAAAAGCUAGAAAUGCUGGUUGAUCCUGAUCUCCAGAACAAUUAUGUAGAAGCUGAGGUAGAGCAGCUAAUUCAAGUUGCACUGCUCUGCACACAAGGUUCUCCAAUGGACCGGCCUAAGAUGUCAGAAGUGGUGAGAAUGCUUGAAGGUGAUGGCUUAGCAGAGCGAUGGGAUGAGUGGCAAAAGGUCGAAGUACUCCGCCAGGAAGUGGAGUUAGCUCCUCACCCAAAUUCCGAUUGGAUUGUUGACUCAACAGAAAAUUUGCAUGCAGUUGAAUUAUCUGGUCCAAGGCAGAAGGAAUUACCCAGAGAAUGUGAUUUAUGGAAUGAAUUUGUGAGAGCAUUUUCAGUAUAG